UAUGUGCAGCAGAAAUUCCUGUCACAUAUUAUUUGUUUGGGGACGAACUAGAGAAACAAAUCAAAGAAAUAACUGAUGCCAAAAAAGUCAGCAGGAAAAUCACAGACAAACACAACCAGUCUCAGCGAUACUCCCCCAUCUAUUCAAAUUUCAAGAACCGUUACACACAGAACAGGCAGAACAGCUUUAAGUCUCCAUCUUAUGGACGACAUACAAUGAAUAACAGGAACAACACCAACAAGAGCUCUUUUUUAGAGAAGCGCCAGUUCCAAAAAUUUCAAAGGAACAAAAAAGACUAGAACAAAACCCUACAACUCUUGUUGGGGAGAGUCAUUCAAAAGAUAGAGACAGACAGAUGCAAAGCAGUUCUGGUGGCACCUCUUUGGACAACUCAGCAUUGGUUCACAAAAUUACUCCAAUUACUGGUGGAACCACCUAUUCUAAUACCAAAGCGACAUCAUCUAUUAACUCUUCCCAUGUCACCAAACGAGAAGCAUCCACUGUCAAAAAUGCGACUUUUUGUGUGCAAAAUAUCAGGGAGAGCCUCAGACAGCAAAAUAUAUCGGAGGACAUUGCAGACAUUUUGCUAUCAUCCUGGAGACAAUCCACACAACAACAAUAUUGGACGUAUUUCCAUAAAUGGAUGCUAUUUUGUGAGCGAAAAUCAAUUAAUACAUUUCAAGCAUCUGUAAAUAAUGUUUUAGAGUUCUUAUUACAAUUGUACAACAGUGGAUUAGGUUAUAGUGCUGUGAACACAGCAAAGUCAUGUAUUUCUUCAGUGUUUGAAAUUAUUAAUCCGGAAACUAGUCUUGGUAGCAAUAGUUUGAUUAAAAAAUUUAUGAGAGGCAUAUUUAACAAAAGACCAUCAUUGCCUAGAUAUGCAUGUACAUGGGAUGUUUCAUUAGUUUUAGAAUAUUUGAAAACUCUUAUUCCUGUAAAUACUAUUAGUCUUAGACUUUUGAGUUGGAAGUUAGCUAUGUUGAUUGCUUUAUUGACAGGACAAAGAUGUCAGUCUUUACAUCUGAUAGAUAUUAGAAAUAUUUUCAUAUACAAUGUUUUUGUAAAAAUUCAUUUCGGAGACUUGUUGAAACAAUCCAAACCUGGCAGUCAUUUACAACCUAUUGAACUUGUGCGAUACAAACAAGAUGAACGCUUAUGUGUUGUGAAAACCUUACAAGAAUACUUAGGACGUACAAAAUCUUUGCGUGGCGAAGAAAUACAGCUGUUCGUUAGCACCAUGACACCUCAUCAAAAGAUUUCCAAACAGACAAUUAGCAACUGGAUAAGGACUGUGUUAGAAAAUUCUGGUAUUGAUGUAAAAAUGUUUAAGGCUCACAGCACAAGAACAGCAUCAAUGAGUGCUGCAAAAUCCGCAAAUGUACCAAUUACGACCAUUUUGAAUGUUGCCGGUUGGAAAUCAGAUUGUACAUUUCGAAAGUUUUAUAAUAAGCCAUGUAGUGAAGAAAAAGUGAAUGUAGGAAAUAUUAUUUUGGAAAAUUAUUCAAAGUCAUGAAAUCUAAUUGUGUCGCUUUUGUUUAAAAUGUCAAUACAUCAUCAUGUUAAAUGCAUGUUUAUGUUAUAUUCAACUAGUCGAAAAUAAAAGUGAACUGUUUGCAUUUGUUUUUAAUAUAUACAAUACAUUUUGAAUCCUUGGAAGUAUUGUCUCUAAAAUCUCAUUGGUUCCCUCAGUACUGUUGAUUUGGUAAAAUUAGAAAAUUAAAUGAAUAUUACUUGUAAGAUGAAAUUUGAUUAUAAUUUUACCAAAUCAACUUAGUACUGAGGGAUCAAAUGCCCAUCCCAUAUCCACCCUUUGUAUAUGGGAUGCUGGAAAUCAUCUAAAUCUAAAUGGAUAUUAUUAUUAUUAAAAUUACAUCAAUACUUCCAAGGAUCUCUGAAUACUGACCAUCACGUGACCUCGAAGCAAUCUCAUUUGAUCCCUCAGUACUAAGUUGAUUUGGUAAAAUUAUAAUCAAAUUUCAUCUUACAAGUAAUAUUCAUUUAAUUUUC